UGAAAGAAGGAGGAAAGGGCCAUCAUUGGAGGGCUUUCAGUGCCAAAAUGCGGGCCAGCCAGGCAAGGUCAAAGGUCCUGGACCGCGGGAGACCAAGGUAAUGAUGAUGUCAUGAGAAACCUCAAGUACACACGGCUAUUGAUAUGCAUGAGCGACCAGCCACCGGCGCCGGGACCGAGCCCGGUCUCGCCUCCAGCAUCGCCGCCUCCGCCGUCUUGGCGCGGGGGAUCCGCCCGCCGCUGUCACCUUCCUCCUCCUCGGCAGCGCAGACCGCUUCAACAUCCAGAGGCCGGGAGGCAGGAGGCUCUCCCCCGGGGCGGGAAGCAGCCUGCCCGGCCCCGGGGAGAGCAGGGGAGCCCCGAGGAGCCCGCGCUCCUCUUCGGGCAGCCCCCGCCGGUGCGCAGCGAUGCAGCGGCGGGAGCGGGGCCUGGUACUCAGAGGCCGGGAGCAGGGCUGUGCUACGCAGGAGCAACGGUGUUCUUAGAUGUUACAAUGAAGGAGUUUCACUCGUUCCACGGACCAGUGUGGACCGGGGUUGUUGAAGGAUUUUGACCACUUUUUUGGUGGAUAGAGAGAUGUGAGGGGACACUCCUGGGCCAUGGUGAGCAGCUGGGCUGCACCCUUCUGCCAGGUACGCUCCUGAGCUGAGCUGUUUUGGCCAGGAUGGAUUUGGAGAACCUGGGAAGUGAUGGCUGCUUGUUCUGAGUGAUCUGCUAUGUGGGAGGCACUGGAUGAACAAACUGCUGUGAGCAAUCCCUUGCACCUCGACCAGCUGCAAGAUAUGCCUCCAACUUCUCUUCUUCCCCCUCCUUUUUUGUCCUGCCCAUUUCCCUCCCCCCUUUAUGUUUUUUCUCCAGUUUUUUUUUUAAUUUUGUUGUUAUUAUUGUUGUUUGGUUGUUUUUUUAAGCUCAACUAUGUAAAGGCCUGUUAUACUUCA